GGGAGCAGGGGGCUGAGCUGAUCCCACGUGUGACGCUUUCAUUCCCGGCUCAGUAAUAUUCUCAUAGCGGGGCUUUGCAUAUCUCCUGCCGUAUCUGUGUGUGUCUGUCACUGUGACUGUAGUCCCAGCCUAUAGUUUGAAAUAGAUAUGGAAGGAGACGGGAGUCAAGCCACAUCCGGAAGCCUAAAUGAUUCACAACAUGACCCGGGUAAAAUGUUUAUCGGUGGCCUCAGCUGGCAAACCUCACCAGACAGCCUUAGAGACUAUUUUAGUAAAUUCGGAGAAAUAAGAGAAUGUAUGGUGAUGAGAGACCCCACGACAAAACGCUCAAGAGGAUUUGGGUUUGUUACGUUUACAGAUGCUGCCAGUGUAGAUAAAGUCUUAGCUCAACAACACCAUGAAUUAGACUCAAAGACGAUUGAUCCUAAGGUUGCCUUUCCCCGUCGCGCCCAGCCUAAGAUGGUCACAAGAACAAAGAAAAUAUUUGUGGGUGGUUUGUCGGCCAAUACAGUAGUGGAAGAUGUGAAGCAGUAUUUUGAACAGUUUGGGAAGGUUGAUGAUGCCAUGCUUAUGUUUGAUAAGACUACUAACAGACAUAGAGGAUUUGGUUUCAUAACUUUUGAGAGUGAAGACAUCGUAGAGAAAGUCUGUGAAAUUCAUUUUCAUGAAAUCAAUAACAAAAUGGUAGAAUGUAAGAAGGCCCAGCCCAAGGAGGUGAUGUUCCCACCCGGUACACGAGGGCGAGCCAGGGGUCUGCCCUACACCAUGGAUGCCUUCAUGCUGGGGAUGGGCAUGCUGAGUUACCCUAAUAUUGUGGCAACGUAUGGCCGCGGAUACACUGGAUUCGCACCCAGCUACAGCUACCAGUUCCCUGGCUUCCCAGCGACAGCAUACGGACCGGUGGCAGCGGCGGCAGUAGCAGCAGCGCGUGGCUCAGGUAGGGGGGCCCGUGGAAGAGGCGGCUACUUGGCGUACCCACAGAGCACAGGGCCAGGCCUCCCCGAUUAUGGGUUUUACUCUGCGCCCAGUGACCAGAGGGGGGGGCCCUGCUCCUUUGCUGACUAUGGCUCCCUGGGGCCCCAAGCGGCUCAGAUGCUGCACAGUGAGCAUGCCACCUCCGCCUGCAACUCCCCCCUCCAGCACCUACACAGCCCGGAUCAAUUUAAGAACCCAGGCACCAACCCGUCAAGGCCUGGAGGUUUCCCCGGUGCUAACAGUCCAGGGCCUGUGGCUGACCUGUACGGACCCAGCAGCCAGGAUUCAGCCGUGGGAAACUACAUCAGUGCUGCUAGCCCUCAACCAGGCUCUGGGUUUGGCCCCAGCAUCACAGGCCCGUUGAUUGCGACAGCUUUUACAAAUGGAUACCAUUGAACAGGUGGCCGGUUGCCAUCUCAUCAGAGCAGAGUAUAUCUGGUGGCCCUGGAAAGACAGGACGAAGUUUCUAAUUGGCUUUGUGUGCAGGUGAUGCUAUCCAACUUCAAGCACUACAGCGUCACCUGAGGAAAAAGAGCGAAAGUUGGAACCACAUGAAGAAGAAAAGAAAAUGUUAGUCAUCUCAGAAAAUAACAACUGCUGUACUAUACUCCAAACCUCCUAUAACUUUACGACCUGGUUUGGUAUGAUGUUUCACGUCGAUUUCAUUCACCUGUUUCCUUUCCUCUGUUUGUUUUGAUUAGGAAGUCGUUUUAGUUGAACCUUUAAUUUGGUGUCAUUUUAUUUAAUCUUCUAGUAUAUCUGUGUAGAUGGAUUUUGUUUGAAGUACGGGGGUCAUAGCCAAGAAUAUCUGCAAGUUAUGUCUUCAUCUUUGUAUCGGUGGGUGUAACGGAGAAACGAUUGGAUGUUUCAUUCAGUCUUUCCGCAAAAAAAACAACAAAAAAAGAGAGUGGAGAGAAAAAAAAUCAAUUCUAAGGAAAAUUUAAGGAGGGUAUCUAAGUAAUAAAUCUUAGUAGCUGUUUUAUUUCUUGUGAUGUCUCAUUGUUAACCAUAAUUACCUAUUUUUGGGCAAUACAAAGAGGACUCCAAUAUUUUUAUGGUCCUUUUUUAUAAGUGUUGUUUUUGUUGUUUAGAAAUAUAUAUAUAUGCUAUAACAAAUUUCAUAUAACUACAUUGUGAAUUCAAACUUGAGAAAAAGAAAUGUAGCUGUACAUAUUAUUCCAGUCACUGCAUAUAACCAACUCAGUGAGAGAAUAGCAUAUUUUUGUGAUGGUGUGUCAAAAGAAAACAUGUUAUAGCGUGUGAAUAGAAGAAAAAAAAAGCUGUAAACAGUUAUUAUUCUACCUUUUUUCUGCUGGAAAAACGACCCGGAGACAAAACAGAACACACUUUUGCUCUGUAAAUACUGAAGCUGAAUAAUUUUACAAAGUGUCAUACCAGCAAAUUUCCAAGCGGAGAGUUGAGUCAACACCGUUUUAAAAGAAAUCAAAGAGCCUGAUGGGAUCUUUUGUCGAACUGUUAAAGAUAUCAGUAUCAUUUCAAAGAAGAUAAAAAAUCCAAAGCACACUGUACUUAGAGGUGAAGAUCAGAACUUGAAGCAGGCAUUUUACCGUGCUCUGUGCAUCCUGACACUUUUAUACUGAGAGGAACUUGUUAGUCGUAUGUUAUUGUUUGUCAUCCUGCUUGUUCCUGAUUCAUUUCUUCGGAAAGUAUCCGGGCUCCUUCUGUUACGAGAGCCCUUUUAAUGUUACGCUUCUUCUCUGAAUCAGUUCUUUUUUGAAUGAAUUAGGAAAAAGUAAACAUUUUGAUACCAUACCUCAGCCUUUGUGACUUCUAUUGUGGAACCAUCGGGCAGGCUUAAUUUAUUGUCAGAGACAAAAUGAAAACACUGAAAGGUUUAUAACGCAAGUAAUCAUUGCACUGUGAGUAGUGAAGUACAGGCCAUUUCUCCUAUUUGCACAUGUAUAUGUUGGCUUUUAAAAGCGGCCCUGUGCUUUGGGAUAGUAUGAAGGAUUUAUGGGUAAAUGUGUACUCGAUUAGACAAACAGUUGUUGGAGGUAGAGCUGAUAUGUUGGAGUGUACACUUGGAUUUCUUUCUAUAUUAUAGACCCAUCAAAAGAUAUUUAUACAGGGUCAAAAGACGACACUGAAAUAUUCACUAUCUGUCACUGCACCAGGUUUUACACAAUGUGUGUGUGCUCAAUGAUUUUACUCAAACAUUUAUAAUAAUAAUAAUAAUAAUAAUAUUCUCCAGAGUGCAGUCCGGUUUUUUAAAGUCAUUCAUUGAAUGAAUGGUUGUUUUAUUCUGAAAGUACUUUACCUGCUGCAGGUGAUUUUUCUUUUUUUACCCAUUCUCUGUCUCAUUUUAUUUGAUUUUAAAACAACCAGGUAAAGAAAUAUGCUGGAUACUUCUACAGUUAAUGAAACAGACGUGUGAUCAAGUAAUAAUUUAAAGAGAAAAAAACCCUUGUAAUGUUCAAAUGUAAAAGAAAAUAAGAAAUACAAAACUAUAAAAAAAGAAAGAUGCUUCUUUGCUGAUUUCAAGUUUAAUCAGAGUUUUAUUGAUACUUUGUGGUUUAUAUAUGAAUAAUUGUAAUACACUAUUAAAAUGUACUGUGCAUCCAUUGCUUUCUCUCUUUCCAUUCCCCAUCCUCAGAGAUCCUUUUUGUUGCUCAUUCAUGUAUUUCAUUAGUGUGUAAAGAAAUCACAGUUAACUUGUAAACAGAGUGCUGUCUUUGAUACCAGUGUAGUGGUCUUUGUUGUUCUCCCUUUGCUCUACCUCUCCUUUCUCUCAUAUCUACCCCUCCCCUCCUCGCGCUCUUUUCUAUCUCCUGUAAGUACAACAAGUAGAUGUUAUAUAGGACUCAUUAAUAUAAUACUCGUAGUGAAUAGUGGAUUUAGGACUCAGUCGAGAUAGACCUUUCUCUAAAUGAUCAUGUUAUUCAGAUCUUUGCAGACUCUUAUUUUCAUAGAGGUUCAUUGUAAUUUAUUCCCUGUAUGUUUGACUUUUGUUGGUUUUUGCCACUCUCACAUGGUUUCAGCGAACCAAAGCUCUCAUGGAUGAACAAUAGAGGAAGCGUUGCUGUAAGACGGAAUUGUUCACGAGGCAUUAUUUGGAUCCCCACCCUUGAAUGUUUUAAAAGGGGUGUGCCAUACUACCUUAAAUGCUAAUGCUAGAUAUGCAAAACUUUUAUUUUUGGGUGUUUGUCAAGAGGGACACAAGCUUUGAUCAUGGAAACUGUCAAAAAACAGUAAUUUUUUUAAAAGAAACAACAAUGAUUAACGUUAAAAAUCAGUCAUAGAAAGUUCAAAUCACCAGCUGUAACUCUUAGAUCGUCCCCUUUUCUUAAGUAAUACCCAAACAUUAUCAUUUAUACACCCCAAAAAUGUCUUAUCAUAAAUUCUAACUGGGAACAACCGUAGCAAUAAAAUGUAAGAAAUUUGUGUUUGUUAGAUUAUUUCUUUGUUGCAACACUGCCUCUUGAAAAUAAAUCUUAUACCACUG